UAUAUAUUUUUCAAAUUAAAAAAAAAAAAAAUCAAACAAAAAUUAAAAGAAAGAAGAUAUGGGUAGAUAUUUUCCAAGCCAACCGACUCCAAAAGUUGAAGACAAAAUCAAAAGUCCACAGGAGCAAAAAAGAAGAACUAUCAAACAGUAUCUUGCAUAUGCUGGUGAAAAUAUUUCUAUUCAUGGACUUUCCCAUGUCUUUGACAAACGAGAAAACUUUAUUUGUCGUACCGUAUGGCUUCUUAUUACAAUUGCAGCUUUUGGAUACGCUGUACAAAAAGUAUAUGAAAGUACAUUAAACUAUUUUUCUUAUCCGUUUAGUACAGCUCGAAUGAAAAUCCAUGUUAACCAAAUGGAUUUUCCUGCAGUUUCAUUUUGUAACCUAAAUGACUUUCGUUACAGCGCAACUAAAGGAACAAAACUCGAUAAAGCUAUUUUAUCUAAUGACAAAAAAAUUUCAGGAGAGGAAUAUUUAAACAUUACUUUAAAAGCAAGACAUAAAAUAGAAGAAAUGUUAGUUGAUUGCGAGUUUGAUGGUAAUAAAUGCUCUGUUCAUAAUUUUACAGAAUUUAAUUGGAACCAAGGUGAGCUUUGUUUUACAUUCAACUCCGGAAAAUUUCCUCAUUCAUUAUUAAAAGUAAAUGGUGUUGGGAUGAAAAGAAGUCUGGUACUUACCAUAAACGUUCAACAUUAUGAAUACUACGGUGACGAAUUAGAUGCAGGUAUACAUUUAAUACUUCACGACCAAGAAGAAACUCCAAUAAAAAAGCGUGGACCCGUAAUACCACCUGGAUUUACAACAUACAUACAAGUCGAAAAAAAAACGAUUUUAAACUUAGAAUCACCAUACAAAACAAAAUGUGGCUCCAUAAAGUUAAAGUAUUUUGAUAGUUACUCAAUGCACACCUGCUGGCUUGAACAACUUACUGAUCAUGUUUACAAAAUUUGUAAAUGUAAAGACUUUUUUAUGCCAGGUGAAAUAAAAGUUUGCAGUUUUGAAGUAUUAGAAAACUGUACAUGGAAAGAAUGGGCUAAAUUUGACAAUUAUAAAUUGCAUACGUGCCCAUUACCAUGCAAAAUCGAUUCUUACGAAAUGAGUUUAUCGCGAGCAUUAUUUCCUACAGCUCGAUAUGCUAGCUCACUUGCCAAUCGUUUUCGCAAACUUCCACAUGUUUUGAACACAGUAAAAAGUAUAUCAAACGACCUUCUUUUCAUGAGGGAAAAUUUACUUCGUGUUGUUAUUUAUUACAAUGAUUUAUCAUAUGAGUUGCUUGAACAGAAACCAAACUAUGAUACAUUAGUGUGGCUUGGAGAUGUUGGUGGUCAAAUAGGAUUAUUUGUUGGUGCCGGAGUAAUGUCAUAUUUUGAAAUAAUAGACUGUUUGGUUCUGAUCAUUUACACUCGAUUUUUUCAAAAGUUUAAAACGAUAAAUUCUAUAAGAAAUCACUCUUUAUAAUUUUUGGGUAA